AAAUUAAAUCAGACUAAACCUUUACUGUUGUAGGUCAGUUAGGAUCACCACAAUUAUUUCUCUUUCCAAAAGAACAAUGGGCAAUGCUUUUAAACCUUUGCACAAGGCCCUGAAGAUAAUAAUACCUUUGCUUCCAAAAGGUUAAUUCACAAGAGUUGAAGUAAAUGGAGGCACACCUGUUGGUGAAAUUAAAAGCAACACCUAACACUGCAUCCUUGUCUGACACCAUGUAAAGAUCAAAAGGGAUCAGCAAAGAUAUCAGGAAAAGAAAAGUGGACCUCCAGAAGUAUGGUUCAUCUUUGGGCCCACCUUUAAAAUACUUGAAGGUGUCACAUUCAUCUCUUCAAACUGUUUUAUACACAAUAAACACAUGUUCAGCUAACAUACUCAUCAAGACAGAGAUGGGUUUUGUGUCCCAGAUGUUGAACAUGUUUUAGUGGGAGAAUGUGCAUUAACCAUAGUACCAAAGCAAAAGAUCACGUCCAGAUUCCACUGAAUAAAAGGCGGCUCAGAAAAAGCUGUCUAUCCAAAAUCAGCAAAUACAGAUGGAUUGGAGUUUUAAAAUUGCACUUGAAGCAUACUUUGAUUUUUGGUGACCUGUUUAAUGUAAGAAUUUCACCGCAUUGAGCAUUGUUACACUUGGAAAGGAAGAAGGAAAAGCUUGUAGGCCUGAGUACACUAUCCCAACCGUUUGGCAUAAUGUGUCAAAGUGAGUAUGCAAUGUCCCACAGAGCACAGUUCCAUUAGAUAUCCAACAAAGUUAAGCUCUAAAUUGCAAUACCAUUAAACCCCAAUGAAAGCCCACCACACAAACCACAGGGUCCAAAGGGUCCUGACACGAAGAGAGACCACACAGUCUUCAUGUCUGAACUGACAGCUUUUCAGCUAAAAGAGCAACAAGAAUCUGUUGCUGUUGUUUCAGGUCAGGAAGAAAAGCGGCCUCUUAUGACCAAACGCUCGGUUACGAACUGCGAAAGCAAGUUUGACAACUACUGCAUGAACAGCGGCAAGUGCAUUUUUCUGGUGGAACUGAAAGAAAACCACUGCAAUUGCGAGAUGGGCUUUUAUGGCUCCAGGUGUGAAAACUUAGACAUUGUUUCUAAGCCAGUGGGUGAAGACCAAGUGGUCUUGAUCUUGUUCUGCAUGACCUUACUGGUGAUGGGUCUGGGCGGAGGCCUGUACUUCUUCUACAAGUGGUACAAGAAGAAUAAAUUUCCAAGUCAGCCGAAGCGGAAGGGUUACAAAGGAGUCCAGACAAUUUAAAGUGUGGGAAAAACACACACCCAAGGCGGUUGUAGCUGGAUUUUUCCUUGUUUUCUGGAUAAAAUGUUUACCAUAUAAAGAUGUUCCCACACAAGCAUACACCUUAAAGCGUCUCUGUGUGUUUAUCAGGCAGACAGAUCAUCCUGUAGAGAUUACAAUAUUCAAAAGAGGGCAGCUCUUUGUUUGGGGGCAAUUGUUUUCCAGCUGUACUGGUUCUUGGGUUUUGGCACCUGUUACACUCAGUUUGAAAAGAUGAAUAGUGGGACAAACAAAAACGGUUUCCAGAGGGAGAAACCACCCACAUGAGGGCCGAGAUUUCACACAAAAUGAUCGCAUGGGAUGGCUACACCGUGUGAAACUGUAAGAACUCACAUUAAUUUGUUUUAUCUAGAGUUUUAAAGUACAAAAGAGUAAAAAUAUAGUUUUUUAUGCAUGUUUCUCCGAUAUAGACAUUAUAUUUAUAUGUAGCUUGCUUUGAAUUUUAUAUUUAUUUUAGUCUUUUGUCACUUGGGACUUUAGUCGAGUUCAAUUUUUAUAACUUAUUUCAAAGUGUUAAUAUAUAGACAGGAAUAUCAGUUUUCAAAAUUCUGUUAUUUGUGAAUAAAGUCAAGUACUAUCAAACUUUUCAUCUGAUCUUAUUUGUGUCCAUGUUGGAAAUGUGUUUUCACAUCCACAAUAAAGCUCAUGUUCUCACCUUUCUGCACAGGUUUUCAUGAAAUUUUCACAUCUCUGAAUGACUUCCUUGCUAUUUUAUUUUUGAAAUAUCAUUUUUUUGUGUGGCAUGAAUAAAAAAUGGAAUAAACUCUA